GGGAGAAGACGCCCCGACGGCCCGUCCUCGACCCACCGCGGAAGAGACCCUCCCGUCUCGGGGAGCCGCCCUGCCCUGCCCUGCCCUGCUUUGCCCAUCGGGCUCCGCGCAAGGAAGAGGAGAGGCGGCCAUGGAAAAGGUCCCAAAGAUCCGCCGGAAAGCGAUCAUGUUCCAGCAGUGGAGUUUCGUGGUCUUCCUGCUGAGCUACUGCCUGCCGUCCUCGGGGCGAUCCCUGGAAGGCCAGGGCAACGGACGCCGAUUCAAAAGGACAGUGGCCGAAUACCAACUGCUGCAUGACAAGGGGAAGUCGAUGCAAGAUAUCCGAAGGCGCCACUUCCUGCAAAACCUAAUUGAAGGGGUGAACACGGCCGAGAUCCGAGCUGUCUCAGAGGUAUCGCCAAACCCGAAACCCGCGGUGGUCCCUGCCAAAAGCUACCCUCUCCGCUUCGGCGUGGACGACGAAGGCAAAAACCUGACCCAGGAGACCAACAAGACGCAACCGUACAAGGAGCAGCCCCUGAAGACCCCAGGAAAGAAGAAAAAAGGGAAGCCCGGGAAACGUAAGGAGCAAGAGAAGAAGAGGAGGAGGAUCCGUUCAGCCUGGCUCAGCUUGAAAGGGUCCGGCAGCGGAAUGGACAUCUUGGGUGUUGCACCUGUUAAGACAAGGAGGCGUUGACAUCCUCCGCUAAGAUUUUUUUGGAAAACUUACUCAACUGUUCUGUAAUUGUGAACAUAUGGAAAGUAUUUAUUAUCUGUAAAUAUUGUAAAUGAUUCAAAAUAAAACCUUGGCCGCAGAUGUUCUCCAAAGCUGCACAUUUGAACAUUGUGAAUACUGGGGAGGGAAAUUUUGUACUUGUUGUCACAUUUACCAUAAUUUAUUGUGUUGAAUAAUGUAUUUAUUUCCAUGAACUUUUAUCUUGGUGCUGCUGACUUUCUAUCUAUCUAUCUGUCUAUCUAUAUAUAUAUAUUGUAACAUAAUGCACUUUAGAUAUACAUUAUGUCUUAUGUUGGUAAGACAUAAAUAAACUACUCCUGGUUUUGGAUUGGAUUGAAUGAGUUGCCAAAGACAAUGACAAAAAAAUGAUUUUUCCUCCGUGCAUACGUAAAAAGGGCCGUAUUUUUUUUUAUACAGAUUGUUAAAAAAAGAAAGA